GGAAAAGGAGGGAGGCGAGCGGGGGAGCAGAACCCCAGGAGGAGAAGAACGGCUCGGGACCCACAGGCUCCUCCGGUUCCCUGGAUAACAGAGGCAAGAGGAGAGUCAUCCCCCUCAACCUCCCAGUCCUCACCAUGGAUCCCAAAGAUCGAAAGAAGAUUCAGUUCUCUGUGCCUGCGCCCCCGAGCCAGCUAGACCCUCGCCAGGUGGAGAUGAUCCGCCGCCGAAGACCGACCCCUGCCAUGUUGUUCCGAGUUUCAGAGCACUCUUCUCCAGAGGAGGAGGCUUCCCCCUAUCAGAGAUCCUCCGGAGAGGGGCACCACCUCAAGAGCAAGAGACCCAAUCCCUGUGCCUAUACUCCACCUUCUCUAAAAGCUGUCCAGCGCAUUGCUGAAUCACACCUGCAGUCCAUCAGCAACCUGAGUGAGAAUCAGCCUUCUGAUGAAGAAGAAGAAGAAGGUGAGCAGGGAAGCCGAGGAUGUCCGGGAGAGGAGGAGGAAGAAGAAGAGGAGGAGGAAGAAGAAGAGGAAGAUGAUUCUAGCCAGGCAGAAGUUAUCAAGAGCAGAAAGGAGCCUGCUGUGCAGCUGACUUCUUGUGGCCAGGGCCUGGAGGGGCCUUGGGAGCGGCCACCCCCACUGGAUGAGCCCCAGAAGGAUGGAACUUAUGAAGGAAAGGAAGAGAAAGAAGAGGCUGUGCAGAAUGAACCUGGUGAGGGGACCCAGCAUCCUGGUCCUCCUGUUCCUGGCACAUAGACACCCCUGAAUGCUGUUUCCUCUUUCUAUCAACAACUCUUGCCCCCAAAGAGGGAGGAAGAUGGGGGAACAGCACUGUUUCCCACUCCCUACCCCCUACCUCUCACCUGCCAAGGCUGCAGCUUCUGAUACCUAGAAGAUCGAGGCUAGUCUAUGUGUUUGCUUGUUUGCCUGUCCCUUUGCUGAUGCCCAGGGCCCCCAGACAUUGCCUGAUGCCCACCCUUACCAUCCAUAUUAUUCCCUGAUUUCCCCCUCCCUGAGUUGAGGAGGUGAGGUUGGGUUAGUUUUGAGUUCCAUUCCUGUCUUGGCCCAUCCCUCAUGCUGGAGAUUCCAAGGCACUGGAUUCAGUAAUUGAACCUCCCACCAUUUCUAUUUCUUGGAGCCCCCUUCUUCUUAGGCAUAGGAGACCCACAGGGCAGGACCCUAAGCCCAGAGUCGGGGGGAGAAGCAUGGAGAGAUGAGAACUCCCCCAUUCCUCUGGCUUCAGGAACUCUUUUGAAGCAUCUCUUGUAGCCCUUUCCCCUUUAUUUAGCUUUGCCUAGGGUACAGGUCUCAAGUGUCCCUCCUACUUUUUAGAAAUUGCUUCCAUUCCUACCACUUCUGAUGGGGAGCCUAGAUGCCUGAGUCCCUGGGAGCCCUUCCCCUCACCUGAGAUGGUCUGGGGGGGAUUGUGUUUGUUUUGUUUUGCUUUGAUGCCAGGAAUGCAACCUAGCCUAUGUGUGUGGGAAUACAUAUUUGUUCUGGGUGGGGGUGGGAUAAGGUUCCCCCACCCUCAAUCUGCCCUGUUGCCCAUGUACCCUUUUCCCUACCUCUGCCAAUGGGCCUGCUCCCCUUCCUUGCUGGAAUAAAGCUUUGUAAAUAA